AGCGCGGAGCGGAGCGGAGCCAGGAGCCCCAGCAAGAUGAUGAUGGUUAUGCAGCCCGAGGGCCUGGGGGUCGGGGAGGGGCCCUUCGUGGGCGGCAGCGGGGGCGGCGAGUACAUGGAACAGGAGGAAGACUGGGACCGCGACCUACUGCUCGACCCGGCCUGGGAGAAGCAGCAGCGGAAAACCUUCACUGCCUGGUGCAACUCACACCUGCGCAAGGCUGGCACCCAGAUUGAAAACAUAGAGGAGGAUUUCCGCAAUGGCCUCAAACUCAUGUUGCUCUUGGAGGUCAUUUCAGGAGAGAGGCUACCCAGGCCAGACAAAGGCAAGAUGCGCUUCCACAAAAUUGCCAAUGUCAACAAGGCCCUGGACUUCAUUGCCAGCAAGGGGGUUAAGCUGGUGUCCAUUGGUGCUGAAGAGAUUGUUGACGGUAACCUGAAGAUGACCCUGGGCAUGAUCUGGACCAUCAUCCUUCGUUUUGCUAUCCAGGACAUCUCUGUGGAGGAAACCUCUGCCAAGGAAGGCUUGCUCCUGUGGUGCCAGCGGAAGACAGCUCCGUACCGCAACGUCAACGUGCAAAACUUCCAUACCAGCUGGAAGGAUGGUUUGGCCCUCUGUGCUCUCAUCCACCGACACCGCCCCGAUCUCAUCGAUUAUGCCAAACUACGCAAGGAUGACCCCAUUGGCAAUCUAAACACGGCCUUCGAGGUUGCAGAGAAAUACUUGGACAUCCCUAGGAUGUUGGAUGCAGAAGACAUCGUGAACACCCCAAAGCCUGAUGAAAAGGCCAUCAUGACCUAUGUUUCCUGCUUCUACCAUGCCUUUGCUGGGGCCGAGCAGGCAGAGACAGCUGCCAACAGGAUCUGCAAGGUGCUGGCUGUGAACCAGGAGAACGAGAAGCUGAUGGAGGAGUACGAGAAGCUUGCCAGUGAGCUGCUGGAAUGGAUCCGUCGCACCAUACCAUGGCUGGAGAACCGUGUGGGCGAGCCCAGCAUGAGUGCCAUGCAGCGCAAGCUGGAGGACUUUCGGGACUACCGGCGCCUGCAUAAGCCACCCCGAGUGCAGGAGAAGUGCCAGCUGGAGAUCAAUUUCAAUACACUGCAGACCAAGCUGCGGCUGAGCCACCGGCCCGCCUUCAUGCCCUCCGAGGGCAAGCUCGUCUCGGAUAUUGCCAAUGCAUGGCGUGGGCUGGAGCAAGUAGAGAAGGGCUAUGAGGACUGGCUGCUCUCAGAGAUCCGGCGCCUGCAGCGGCUCCAGCACCUGGCUGAGAAAUUCCAGCAGAAAGCCUCCUUGCAUGAAGCCUGGACCCGGGGGAAGGAGGAUAUGCUGAGCCAGCGCGACUACGAGUCGGCCUCCCUGCAGGAGGUGCGGGCGUUGCUGCGGCGCCACGAGGCCUUUGAGAGCGACCUGGCAGCGCAUCAGGACCGCGUGGAGCACAUCGCCGCGCUGGCCCAGGAGCUCAAUGAGCUGGACUACCAUGAGGCAGCCUCGGUGAAUAGCCGCUGCCAGGCCAUCUGCGACCAGUGGGACAAUCUGGGCACACUGACCCAGAAGAGGAGGGAUGCACUAGAACGGAUGGAGAAGCUCCUGGAGACCAUUGACCAGCUGCAACUGGAGUUUGCCCGUCGGGCAGCGCCCUUCAACAACUGGCUGGAUGGUGCCGUGGAGGACCUGCAGGACGUGUGGCUGGUGCACUCAGUGGAGGAAACCCAGAGCCUGCUGACUGCACAUGAGCAAUUCAAGGCUACGUUGCCAGAGGCUGACCGAGAGCGAGGAGCAAUCCUCGGUAUCCAGGGUGAGAUCCAGAAGAUCUGCCAAACGUAUGGACUGCGGCCCAGCUCCACCAACCCCUACAUCAACCUCACACCACAGGACAUCAACACCAAGUGGGACAUGGUCCGAAAGCUGGUGCCCAGCCGUGACCAGACCCUGCAGGAAGAGCUUGCCCGGCAGCAGCUGAAUGAGAGGCUCCGGCGACAGUUCGCAGCUCAAGCCAAUGCUGUUGGGCCCUGGAUCCAGGGGAAGGUGGAGGAGGUGGGGCGCCUAGCCACAGGGAUGGCUGGCUCUCUGGAGGAACAGAUGGCUGGACUGCGGCAACAGGAGCAGAACAUUAUCAACUAUAAGAGCAACAUUGACCGGCUGGAGGGUGACCACCAGCUGCUGCAGGAGAGCCUAGUGUUUGACAACAAGCACACCGUCUACAGCAUGGAGCACAUCCGCGUAGGCUGGGAGCAGUUGCUCACCUCCAUCGCCCGUACCAUCAAUGAAGUGGAGAACCAGGUACUGACCCGAGAUGCCAAGGGCCUGAGCCAGGAGCAGCUCAACGAGUUCCGGGCAUCCUUCAACCACUUUGACCGGGUCAGCGAGGGCCCAAUUCUGUGGGCGGUGGAUGUGGGGGCUGGUGGGGCUGGAGGACCAAGUCUGAUAUGCACUCAUGCACUACAGAAGCGGAACGGGAUGAUGGAGCCUGAUGACUUCCGGGCUUGCCUCAUCUCCAUGGGCUAUGAUCUGGGAGAAGUAGAGUUUGCACGAAUUAUGACCAUGGUGGACCCCAACGCAGCCGGCGUCGUGACCUUCCAGGCCUUCAUCGACUUCAUGACCCGAGAGACAGCUGAGACUGACACAGCUGAGCAAGUUGUGGCCUCCUUCAAGAUCCUGGCAGGAGAUAAGAACUACAUCACUCCUGAAGAGCUGCGGCGGGAGCUCCCUGCUGAGCAGGCCGAGUACUGCAUCCGUCGUAUGGCACCCUACAAGGGCUCUGGGGCUCCACCUGGAGCCCUGGACUACGUGGCCUUCUCCAGUGCCCUCUAUGGGGAGAGUGACCUCUGACCUCAACCCCUAAGACUAAAUGAUUCGAUUCGGAGAGAGGGAACUCCCUCUGGCUGAUCCCAUCCAUCCCUUGGGGCAAGGGCCUCAGAGAACAGCCUGCUACAUACCUCUGAAUAAAGACCCAUCCGUGAGCUUC